CUCUCCUUCGCCAUUGAAGCCCUCUUCUUCGUCUUCUCUCCGUCUCGCCAUCGCCAUGGCUUCCGUUCCAGCUCCUAGCUUCUCAUCUCCGACCUCCUCCUACGUGGAUCCAAGCAUCAGCACCACCAACCUUGCCCCACGCCUCCUCGCCGCCACCCCGUGCCGCGCCACCUCUCCAUUUCCCCGUUUCUCUGCCCGCACUUAUCGCCCUUCCGAUUCGCCUCUCUGUCGCUGUUCCCGCGGUGAAAUUCCAGAGGAGCCCGUCCGCCGAGGAUGGGACUCACUGAUUAAAGAUGUUGUCAAGAGUGCGGUGAAGAGGUGGGAGGAUUAUGUCAAUUCGAGCAAGAGCUCGGCCUCUAAGGAUCGGAUGGAUGUGGAGUCUGAGGAGACAGCGGGGAAGGGGGAAGAGGAGGAGGUGGAGUGGGAUUGGGAACGGUGGGAGAAGCAUUUUGCUGAGGUGGAAGAGCAGGAGAAUCUCGUUGCUGCUCUGAAGUCACAAUUGCGUGUUGCUGUUGCUAGAGAAGAUUAUGAAGAAGCUGCUAAGCUCAAGGCUGCCAUAAUGGCUACAACAAAGAAGGAUACUGUUGCCACUGCUAUUUCUGAACUUAAGAGAGCUGUUGUGGAAGAGCGUUAUGGUGAUGCAGCUUUCUUUCGUGACUAUGCUGGCUGUGGCUUGGUGGGAUGGUGGUCUGGUACUUCAACCAAUGCAGCUGAACCCUCUGGUAGAAUCAUCCAUAUCAGUGCAGAACAUGGAAGAUAUGUUGCCAGAAGUUAUACUUCCAGGCAGCUAUCUACAGCUAGGCCAGGUUCUCCUCUGUUUGAAGUUUUUUUCACUGUGAAUGGAGGAGAAUACAAACAGCAGGCAGUUUAUUUGAAGAGAAAUGAUAGAACUGAAGACUUAUUGUUGAAAACAUCAAAUAAGCAGAAAAUUAGCAAUCCAAACCCUUCUGACAGUUCAACUGAGGAACAAGGUGAUAUAUAUGUGGAGGAUAUAACGGCUGUUGAAGAGAAAGAUGAUGACGCUGACAUGGUUGAUGGUAUAAAUGGAAUCCAGAAUGUCCUGCGAGACAUGAUUCCUGGAGUGAAAGUCAAGGUCUUAAAAGUUGUAUCUCCAGGAAAGGUUGAUCGAGAUUUAAUUGCAAAAGUCAUUGAACAAAUUAUGGAAGAGGAAGGUGAGGACAAUGAAGAAUUGGAAAGUAUAGAUGCAGAUAAAGCUAAAAGCGAGAGUGACAAUGAAGAAGUGAUUGACUCUGAAGAUGCAUUGAUUGGAACAGAUGAUCUUCAACCUGGAUUGCCUGUAAAACUUGUGAUUGGCACAAUCAUGAGAAAGUUUUCUGCUGAUUUGUCACCAAUAGAUUUAAUUCGUGUGCCUGCUGCACUUGAAAGGAAGGAUCGUCGAUCAUUUUCUUUUUCUAUCCAGCAAAAUGAUACACAACUUGGAACCAGUGGCAAAGAAGAGUCCUUGAGGGGAAAGGCUUCUCUAAAAUCAGAUAAACGGAGUUCAGAUCUUAUUAUGUCUGAUCUUGCUAAGGUCUUGCUUAGCAAAGAGAAGAUACCUAUGAAGGUACUUAAAGAUGUUGGUGAAUUAAUAAGUUCUGCCAUUAAACAGGAUCAAAAUCAACCUUUCUCUGGGUCAAUGCUCUUUAACCGUAUUGAGAUAUCAUCAUCUGCAGAUCCACUUAGUGGCCUAUAUGUUGGUGCACAUGGAAUUUAUGCUUCCGAAAUUCUCCAUCUAAAACGCAAAUUUGGCCAAUGGCAAGAGAAUGAUAGGAACACUGAUUUGGAAUUUUAUGAGUAUGUUGAAGCUGUGAAGUUAACUGGUAGCCUUUCAUUGCCUGCUGGUCAGAUUGUUUUCCGUGCAAAGGUUGGUAAACGGUAUCAGCUACCUCAUAAAGGAAUUAUUCCUGAAGAAUUUGGAGUGGUUGCUAGAUAUAAGGGACAAGGUAGGAUUGCUGAUCCUGGGUUUCAGAAUGCCAGAUGGGUUGAUGGGGAACUUGUGAUAUUAGAUGGAAAGUUCAUCAAAGGAGGCGUUGUUGUUGGGUUUGUUUAUUGGGCACCAGAGUAUCAUUUCUUGGUGUUCUUUAACCGAUUAAAGCUUCCAGAAACUUAAUUUUCAGGGCAGAAUUUGGGCAAUAUUCAUGAGAAAACCAGUGAUUUUGUAGCCUUCGCCAAUCUAGCUCCGUUCGAGUUUCAAUAAUUUAUAGGAGUAGUAUUCCGAUAGCCGAUGAGGAGAAAAUACCGAAUCAGAGCAUCAGUUUCAGUGAUCCCUACAUUUUGAUUUUUUCUAUUCCAGUUUUUUUUCUUUAUAAAGUUAUAUCCACUUGUACAGAGUAGAAUUUCCUGUGAAAAUUUACAGUUUCUUAUUAGCAGCUUCAUUGUCUAUUAUGGAACACUAAUCUUGUUGCAAUCUUCUGGCAAUGUUAUUGAAUCAAUAUGGAUGACAUAUUUAUGCAGUUUGGUUGUAAUAAAAUUUUCCAAUUAUAUAUAA